UUGACAAUAACUCGAGAGUUGUAGACAUAUAAAUUUGAACUUGAAGCUCUCAGCUCAGGACGUGUAGUCGAUAGUCGAGCAGCGAGGACUGACAACUUAAGCUUCUAGAAGUUUCUACCGUCUUCUAUUGGCACACAAGCGAGCGGGAGGCUGACCAUAGUUGUAGCUAUGGUUACAGAUAGCUAUAGAUGCUACUACUAGUAGUCAUAGCUAGUUGACAAGAUUUCGCCUUCUCCACAGCAGCGCCACAGAAGGACUACAGCUAGCAGCUAGCUGCUAAAUCGGGCACUCGAGCGGCGACUAAAGCUAUUUGCUAGUCGCUAACGCAGGAAACUAGGCUAGCCGCCAUGUUUGGCUGUUUGGUGGCCGGCAGGUUGGUGCAGACGGACGCGGUUCAGGUGGCUUCUGAUAAAUUCGUGUUCAAUCUGCCGGAAUACGAGAGCGUGAACCAUGUGGUGGUGUUCAUGCUCGGCACAGUGCCUUUCCCUACAGGCAUGGGCGGGGCGGUCUACUUCUCUUUCCCGGACCCUGCGAGCGGCGGACCGGUGUGGCAGCUGCUCGGCUUCAUCGCCAAUGACAAGCCCAGCGCCAUCUUCAAGAUCUCCGGGCUGAAGGUGGGCCAAGGCGGGGCGCACCCCUUCGGGACGAUGGCCUCGCCUCCCUCCGUGGCCCAGGUCGGAGUGUCUGUGGAGCCGCUGGAGCAGCUGGCCCAGCAGACCCCCGUGUCCGGUGCUGCCGCGUCCACGACAGACACUUUGCGGCUUUUCACGCAAAAGAUGUUGGACAGUUUGUACAACUUUGCGUCUUCCUUCGCCGUCACGCAGGCGCAGAUGACGCCCAGCCCUAACGAGACCUUCAUCCCGUCCAGCUGCAUACUCAAGUGGUACGACAACUUCCACAGACGGAUGAACCAGAACCCCAAUUUUUGGAAAAACUGACUCUCAUCCUUGUCACCUAACUUGUAGACUUCUUAAUACCAUCCCAUCAUCCACCAAGAAUCACAGCUCGACUGCCUUAAUUAUAUCUUAUAUAAAAAUAUUUUCUUUUUAAUACCAUUCAUCCUCCACCAACAACCACAACUCGACUGCCUUUAUUAUAUAUUAUAUAAUAUUAUGAUGAGCAAACUAGCAGCCCCGCGUUGUGCCAAGAUAACACUGAAUAAUAUAACCAACAUAAAAGAAUACAUAGUAUUGCACAUGUUGUCCAUAACGUGCAGCAUUGCUUGCAACCUGAAUGAUGCAUGAUAAAUAAAAAUAUCAUGAUAGUAAGUCUCUGAGCCUUUAAAGUGCAAAUGGCAUAGAGGAAAAAGUCUGGCUGCGUUUGUGUCGACCAUGCGUCCUUCUAGAAGGUAAGCCUACUAAAGAUGGACGUCAUGUUGAGGUAGUGUUCUUUUUCAUACUUGUGGUGCAGAGAGGCCCAAAAUGCCACACUAGUCAGCCGUGUGUGUCAGGUGUGCACAAGUUGUUCUCGCCUCAGGACGCCAGCCUCCCGUGCACCAUGAGGCUGUACAGGCAGGUGUAUGUGGGAUCACCCCAAUUGCUAUGGAUACUGAGUGUCAAGUACUUGCUGGUGGUGUGUAACUCCUCCUGGUGGCACACACACACAUACAUACACAUUUAUUACACUGGGAGAGGGCUGUGAGGUGAAAGGUCAGGUGGAGUAUACUCACAGGUAUGUUGAAGUUUUGGAACAUGAAUCCAUCUUGGUCGUACUGAAAGGUUCCGAGUUUGAUUUCUGUCGCGUCCAGUGUCUCCAUUCCCUGAGAGGGUGACACUGACAGUUAAGGCUGGUUUAUGCUUCUGCGUAGCCACUACAGCGUCCCCGCCUAACCUUCCAAAGUUUGGCAUCGGGGUUGAACGUAUACUGUGCAAUUCUCUGGUGAAACGCUAGGGGCACUGAUUUCACAUUUGUCUACUCAGUGAGCAACCAUGACACUUGUUGACUAUAGUCAAACCUUGAUUUUCCAAUGCACUAGUUUUCAUGUGAUUUGGUUUUCAACAAAAAUUUGCCUCAGUUUUUGUACACCGUCUCGGUUCAUUUGUCCAUUUCAUUCAUCAUUUAUGUGUAUUACACAUUAUCUUUUGCAUCUACAAUUGUAAUUAUUCUCUAAAAUGUAUUUUUUGUUUAUAUUUGUGGGUGUCUCGGAUAGAUUACUUGAAUUUAAAUUAUUUACUUUGGGGGAAAAUUGCUUUGGUUUUCAUCUGACGUCCAUCCAUCCAUUUUUUAUGCGACUCAUUAGAGUUGCGGGGGUAUGCUGGAGCCUAUCCUAGCUGACUUUGGGCGAGAGGCGGGGUACACCCUGGACUGGUACAUAUAGACAAAGAAUCAUUCACAUUCACAUUCAUACCUAUGGACAAUUUAGAGCGGCCAAUUAACAUAACAUGCAUGUUUUUGGAAUGUGGGAGGAAACCGAAAACGAAAGCCAUGCAAACUCCAUACAGAGAUGCUCUAGCGGUGAUUCAAACCCAGGUCUUCCUGAUUUCCUGACUGUGUGGCCAACAUGCUAACCACUCGGCCGCCGUGCGGCUUUUUGUCUGAAGUUUUGGAGCAAAUGAAUAACACCGAGGUACCACUGUGUUUAGCUGCUAGUUUCCUUUGUUGCAGCAGUGUCAACUGUUAUUGGCGCUGGAGCUGAUCUAUGUGUUCCAACAGUCACUUUUAAUACGAUUGUUGAUCUAAAAUUGUAAGAGAAGGCGUCUGCGAAGGUGGGCUUUACACCAUACACCAGGCGUCGGCAACCUGCGGAUCUUCUGCCUCCUUGUUGCGGCUCCGUGUUGUUUUUUUUUUAAUACCGCAGUGGAGGAAAUUUGCAUUUUCAAAAAGAGUUUGAAAUAUCCAACUCACCGCAAGUCAGUGAAUGCGUUUACACUGACUGCUGAUUGGAUGAGCAAAGGAAGGGGAAAUGGGGCCAGUGUGUGCAGUGAGACACAAAGAAGACAUCUUGUUGAGUGUGCUACCGCCGGGGUAAGAUAUCCAUAACCAUGAAUACGUCCCUAAAAAGAAAAAUCUCAGAAGAAAAUAGUGUUUCAUUCUGAAUGGACAUAUUCCUUUGACUUCACUAUCAAUUACGCUGGCUUGAUCCGUGUGCUUGAUCUGCGGCGCCAAAUUCGCAAACAAUAGAAAAUUUCACAUUGAAAGACAUUUUCAAAACAAGCACUCGGCCUUUUCUGAGAUGUACCCAACUGCAGAUUGGCGUAAUUUCAGAACUACUGCGGAAGGUUGAGCAAACACACUUCCAAGAAGUGGAUGAACUCUCCAAACUCAACAACAGAGGCUAGCGUGGCUGCACAGGAAAUCGUGAGGAGGAAGCAGUUCUCAUGGAGAAUACAUGAAAGAAUUGCUGAUAAAACUAUCAGAGCAUCUAUUCUCCAAAUGAAAAAAUAAACAGGAUGUUAUUCAGAAAAUGAAAGAAAUGCCUCUCUCUGCAAAGACAGUCAAGGACAGGACCAAUAGAAUGGUAACAAACACAACCAGUAGGCAAAUUGAUGACAUUAAUUCAGAGCAAGCAUAGUCAAUUGUGUUGAGUGAUGUAAACGAUAUUGAGCAGAUGUAUAAACUCUUGAUGGGCUUUUUAUGUUAAAGUUGGCCAUGUCAUGUUUUAAUUUUACGCAAAUAUGGGAACAACUGAAAAAGGCCUACACACGCACUCUGCACUUCUGUUGUGUAAUAAUAUCAUGAGGUUAUCUGUUGAAUUCUGUUGUUUAUAAGCUGUGUAAUGUUUUGCGGCUCCAGACUUUUUUUUUUUUUUUUAAUGGAAGAGGAGAAAUGGAAAGAAUGUACUAAAAGCCUUCACAGUCUACGUCACUUCAAUACUAGGUUAGAUUUUUUUUUUGAGGUGCGAGAGGAUUUGGAGGGGGAGGAGCGAGCCGGCGUAGCAUAUGAAAGUGCCUCAAUACAAAUGCAUAAAACCAGCGCUGUGUCUCAGUUGGUGCACUUGUGUACUUACACUUAAAAGUGCAGCAAAAGUGAGAAGUACAGCAAAAUGCAGUGCAUUGUCAACACCUGGAUGUUGCACUCAAAACACUCAAAAUGGUGAGUGCACAGUGAUGAACACUUACCACCCUCAAUUGUCGCCAUAUUGGCUAUGUAGUGGAAGGGCAUAGGCUAACUUGAAAUCAUGGCGGCAGAGGAGCAACCCGCAGUGGUGGAAAAUAGUGAAUAAAACAAGAAAAAUGUCAAUAUUGCGAUUGUCAUUUCUGGUGUGUAGAAUAAUAGUAAUGGGUUUGGAGCAGCACUACACUGUCAAGAUCCACACACUCUGAAACUAAGUGCACAGUGUACUUAUUGAAGUGUACUGAUGCAAGCCAUUUGAUAC